AUGCUUGAGCGCGUCCGGUUCGGUGGUUUCAGCGGCACGUACAAAGUAAGGGGCGCCGAGCUGGCUCGUGACAGGAAAACGCAAACCAAACCGGUGACCGUACUUUUCCUCGAUGAAAGUACGCACACGUUCCAUCUGGACAAGCGCGCCAAGGGCGCCGAACUGCUCGAGCAGGUGUUCCAGCACGUGGAGCUGUCCGAGCGGGAUUACUUCGGGUUGCAGUUUCCGUUCCCGGAGGAUCACCGUUCGAUCGGUUGUGGUGGAAACAGCACGACGGGCAGCAUCGGUGGGGGGAAUGGGAACAUUGGACACGGCAAGGAUGCGUCCGGGGGUUCGAGCAGCUGCAGUAGUGGAGGUGGUGCGAAUGGGGCUGCUGGCACGGGACCGUCUGCGGUUCAGUUUCCAACCGGGAGGCAACCGGUUCGGUGGCUGGAUCCGAAUAAACCCUUCCGGAAGCAGCUGAAUGAUGUGAGGACGAGCGUGGGAAGGCAGCAUGAAGACGGGGGUCCGCACGUGCCGCUAUUGCUGUUCCGGGUGAAAUUUUACGUCACAGAUCCGAGCCGGCUGCAGGAGGAAUAUACGCGGUAUCAGUUUUAUUUGCAAAUCCGUCGGGAUGUCUAUCAGGGCCGGUUGCCUAUUGGCCUUAACACUGCCUGUCUGCUGGCUAGUUUCACCGUUCAGGCUGAACUUGGCGAUUAUAACCCGCUGGAGCAUACGGCCGGAUAUCUGAGCGAGCUGCAACUGCUGCCGGAGCAAACGGAAGAAGCGGAACAUCGUAUCUCGGAGCUACACAAGCUGCAUCGCGGUCAACUUCCGGCGGAUGCCGAGUAUAAUUAUCUCGAUCAUGCCAAACGGCUCGAGCUGUACGGGAUCGAUUUUCAUUGGGCCACGGACUCUUCCGGGAAAGAGCUAGCGUUGGGCGUAUGCUCGCUCGGUUUGCUGGUCUAUCAGAAUGGCACGCGAAUCAACACGUUCUCGUGGUCGAAGGUAGUGAAGGUGUCCUUCAAACGAAAAGAUUUCUUCAUCCAACUCGCCAGAGAACCGUCCGAACAUUAUGAUACACUGCUUGGGUUCAGUAUGGGCUCACACCGUAACGCCAAGCUGCUGUGGAAGGCUUGCGUCGAGCAUCAUUCUUUCUUCCGGCUGAAGAAACCGCAUCGCUCGCCGCGAUCCUUCCUGCCGAUUACUUUGCGCUCCAAGUUUCACUAUUCUGGCCGCACCGAACUGCAAGCGGUUAUGGAAAGCCGGCAGCGCGGUAAGGUGGCAAAAAUAUUUAUCCGCUCGCCGAGUCGCCGGCUACUGGCGACAAUUUCCCAACCACAAUCGCCUCAGCUCAAUGGGGCGGGAGGUGGUACCAACGGUGAUGGUAACGGUGCCGGAUCGUGCAACGAAACCAGCAACGGUGGAGCGACCAUCAACUCCUCGGGUGGAAACAAAAACCUUACGCUGCUCUCUAUCACGAAAGCGACCCGCACGUACGAUAAGGUUACCUCUAAGACACCGUCCUCAAUGCCGAGAAAGGCUUGGGAGCAACAGACGGACGAGCCUGCGUUUAUUGAGCACUGCGCUCGUACGUCGAUGUCAAUGUACGAUUCACCUCCCGCGUAUGCCGGUCUCAACGGUUCCGGCGCUGAAAAUGGCGAAGAGGCCGGAGGUCUUGUGACCAUCCACCUCGUGGCAGACGAACAGGGUCGGUUUGGGUUCAACGUGAAGGGUGGCAUUGAUCACGGGAUGCCGAUACUGGUGUCACGCGUUGCGCCACACACGCCCGCGGAUAAGAGCACGCCACGUGUUUGUGAGGGCGACCAGGUGGUUCGUAUCAACGGGCGAGACGUUAGUACGAUGGCGUACGAGCAGGUUGUGAGCUUGAUUCGGGCUUCGCGCGAGUAUCAGGGUGGCGAGUUGCUGCUGACGUUAAAACCGAACGCCUUAGUCGACUACACUGAGGAGGAACCACUGUACCAGUACGUCCCGGAGGAAAGUGACAUCGUGCGAGCCGGGUUGUUGAACGGUGAUCAGCUGUUCACCCAAUCGUUGCUGCUUUUGCGCGAUGGUUUAGCUUCCGGGGCGCUGUUGGCGCAGUACGAGCAGCUCUACCGAAAGAAUCCUGAGCUAACAAUCUCAGAGGCGCGCAAGACGGAAAACAUUGGCAAGAAUCGAUAUCGUGACAUAUCCCCAUAUGAUUGCACACGCGUCGUGCUUCAGCAUGCCGAAAGCGGUGAUUAUAUAAAUGCAAAUUACGUCAACAUGGAGAUACCGCCGGCGCGGAAGACCAACCGUUACAUUGCCACGCAAGGACCUCUUCCUUCGACGGUGAAUGACUUCUGGCGGAUGGUGCAACAGGAGAGCAGCCACCUGGUCGUGAUGUUGACGACGGUGAAGGAAAGCGGCAGCACCAAGUGCCAUCAGUACUGGCCGUCGGCGGAUGACGAUCCGCUGGUGCCGUCGCCCGGCUUCUCGAUCAACUGCCUGACGGAGAAACCGGACGAGACGGGCAGCUUCGUGUUUCGCGAUCUCGUCAUGACGGACGAGCGCACGAAGGAAACGCGCACCAUCCAGCACAUGCAGUAUCUGGCCUGGCCGGAUCACGACGUGCCGGCCGAUCCGAACCUGUUCCUGCAGUUCACGGAGCGCGUUCGAUCGGCACGGGAAACGACCCUUCCGCUAGAGAUCGAAGCGAGUCUCAAGAAUGUGAAGCUGCGCAAUGUCGACGAGAACGGCGGGUUGGAUAACUCCGAGCGGCGGAUCGUACAUACGGACAGCGACGAUAGCCCGAAUGAUAUGCCCUCCUCAACGUCGGUGCAUCAGUAUAUUAGUGCCUCGAACCCUCCCAUAAUCGUACACUGUUCGGCCGGAAUUGGCCGCACGGGGGUGUUGAUACUGAUGGACACCGCACUCGCACUAAUGGAGGUACGGGAACCGAUCUACCCGCUGGACAUUGUACAAGCGAUGCGAGAUCAAAGACCGUGCAUGGUUCAGAAUGUGAGUCAGUAUCGGUUCGUUUGCGAAUGCAUUUGUGCUGCCUAUCUGCAACAAGCGGCCAGGGAAGCAGAGUCUGCUUCGAGCACUCCUACCGGCACAAUGGAACGAGGCAAAGCAGCAUCACCCACUGGUUCGCCGGUAUCGAAGCCCGUUCCGAGUAUAGCAUCACCGGAAGAAACGCUGCUCGAUACGCCGGCAGACAACGAGAGAAGAGCACCGUUGGCGACUGAAACGACCAGUAUCAGCACAACUACGGUAUCGCCCACCAACGGGCACCAGGUGGGCGAUUAGGCUCUCCUUACAACGGCUCUCACUCUGUGCUCACGAGACUUCAC